AUGGAUAAAUCAACUCCUCUUAGCAUCCCGAUGGUCGUUAGGUCACUUAAUAUUAAAAGCGAUCCAUUUCGACCACCUGAGGAGAAAGAAGAGAUACUUGGUCCGGAAGUACCAUAUCUAAGUGCAAUUGGAGCGCUGAUGUACCUUGCAAAUUGUACACGGCCUGAUAUAUCAUUUGCUGUAAAUCUUUUGGCAAGAUUCAGCUCAUCUCCAACUCGGAGACAUUGGAAUGGGAUUAAACAUGUUUUUCGUUACCUCCAAGGGACCAUUGAUUUGGGUUUAUUUUACCCUAAAGAUUCAAAAGGUCAAAUGAUUGGUUUUGCAGAUGCAGGAUAUCUUUCAGAUCCACACAAAGCCCGAUCGCAAACGGGAUAUGUUUUCACGAUUGGAGGCACUGUUAUAUCUUGGCGUUCUCAGAAACAAACGCUCGUGGCUACUUCUUCAAAUCAUGCUGAAUUUAUCGCACUCCAUGAAGCAAGUAGAGAAUGUGUUUGGCUAAGAUCAAUAAGCCGACACAUCUGUUCAAGCAGUGGGAUUGACGGAAAUACAGAGCCAACUAUCCUCUAUGAAGAUAAUGCAGCAUGUGUUACUCAAACAAAGGACGGAUAUAUCAAAAGCGAUAGAACGAAACAUAUUCAUCCAAAGUUCUUCUCAUACACUCAAUAG